AUGAGUAAUAAUAAUGUACAAUUGAAACUGAACGAUAUAUGGAAAAACAUACAGCCACCUUCAGUUUCGUCUUCGCCAUUUUCAUCAUCAUCACUCAAUUUCAUAUCACAAACAACAUGCAAAGGUGACGAACAAGGUGUUUCAUGUCAAGGUGAUGUUCGAGGGAGAGGUGGUGAACAAGCUACAGAUAGUGGUGAAUUAUCUAAAGAUAAUGAACAAGCUAAAGAUGGUGGUGAAUUAUCUAAAGAUAAUGAACAAGCUAAAGAUGGUGGUGAAUUAUCUAAAGAUGAUGGAAAAAAUGAAGGUCUUGCUCAACUUGGACGUAGUGCACAAAGUCAAGAUGAUAAACAGUCUAAAGAUCUUAUAGAAUUUAAAGGUGAUGUACAAAAUGAAGUUCUUAUUCAACUUGAAAGUGGUGAACAAACUGAAGAUGUGCGACAACAUGAAGGUGAUAUUCAACUUGAACGUAGUGGAAGCGAAAAUGAAAUCGAAGUCUUAAAUUGUAACGAAGAAUUAUAUAAUAAUUGUUCAGAUAAUAUACAUGAUCAUAAUUAUUUAUCAUCUACCUUUAAACAGAAAGAAAAGAAACGAUCAUCUUUUUUUUCGCAACGUCGAAAAAAAUAUUCACCCGAAUGGGAAAAAAAGGUUGAAGCUCAGUAUAAAACUUAUAUAUUAGAUCCUUAUGGUAUGAAACAAGAAAAAUAUUUAUGUUGGUUGUAUUUCAAUGGUACAUCCAUGCAUUGUCGUUUAUGUGAAAAAUAUGGCAAAAUAAAGAAUUUGAAUGGUAAAGAUAAUAUUUGGUGCACGAAUGGUAUGACCACCUUUUCCUUGCACCAAAUCAAACGUCAUAAAGAAGAAAGUGGUGUCCAUAAACAAGCUGAAGAAGAAGAAUUAACUGUUACUGGGGGUAAACAACCUGAUUGGAUUACAACUCAAAAGAAAAUUCUUAGUAAACACGAACAAGCAAUAGAAAAUUUAAUGUUGUCGUGUAUUUAUUUAUGUCAACAAGACCAUCCACUAAAUGAUAUUGAACCUUUAUCUGCUCUAUUAGAAAAGGUUGGUAUUAUGUCACUUCCUGCAGAAACAACAGGAGUUAAUUAUCGAAAUGAUACAGCUGCUUUAUGUUUUAUACAACAUAUAGCUGCUUGUCUUCAUUCUGAAUUAGUGGAGAAAAUUAAAAAAAGUCUAGUUAUAGGUUGGAUGAUGGAUGAAACCACAUCUAGAUCUGCUGAAAAAUCUUGUAUCAUUUAUGUACGAUACACGGAGAAUUUCGAAUCAAAGACAUCUUAUUAUGGUUUACUUGAAUUAGAUGGUGAUGGAACUGCAAACAAUAUUGUCCAAUCACUCGUACAUUUAUGGGAACAAGAUGGUAUUAAUCCAGUUAAUACCUGUUGGAUUGCUAGUGAUAAUGCAUCCACCUUCACCGGUAUCCAUGAAGGUGUUAUCGCUAAGCUGAAACAGCUUUUUUCAAUCGAAUAUAUAGAAUCAUCUCCGUGCAUGGCUCAUUCUUUUGCUCUUGUUGGUAGUCAGGCUGCCUAUACAUCAAAAGCUCAAAAAGGACAAAAACCUACCCGAGCACCAUUUAUUGAAAAACUUGAAUCAACAAUUGGUGAAAUACACAAUUACUUUGGUCGUAGUGCUGGACGACAGUUUAAAUUAAAAACCUGGCAAGCAUUUAUGGAAAUGCCAGAACUGAAGUUUAAAAGAAUAUUUGAUAUUCGUUGGUCAUCAAUCAGAGGCUGUAUUAAACCAAUAAUUGAUAAUGUUCAACCAGGUUCUCAAGCACUUCUUACCUGUUUACAAGAAACUACAUUGGACAUUAAAUCAUCAAAUGCAGAUAAACAAUAUGCAAAAAAAUUGUUAGAGUUAAUUCUUGAUGAUGAAUUUUUAUUUCAUUUACAUAUGCACCACGAUUUGCAUGAAAGUGUUCUGGGUCCAAUAACAAAAUGCAUGCAACAUGAUCAACUAUCAUAUUUUAAUUUAAUGAAUACAAUAAAAGAAAAACGAACAAUUUUAAAUCAUUGGAGAUCUGAAUCAACAUUAAUUAUGGGUCCAACACUAACUGAUUAUAUCGAAGCAACAGAAUUAGGAUCAUUUGGUGGUUUUAAGAUCAAAUUAGGUGAUCGUGUUAUGUUUUUUAAUGACUGUCAUAAGCAUAUCCAACGCUUACUUCAAGAAUUAGAUAGACGAUUUAAACCAUCUAUAGUUCAAGAACAUUUAUCUAUGCUGUUUGAUGUUCAACAUUUAAUAAAAAACAAAAAUGAAUUAGAUUCAAUAGAAUAUGGUCGCGGUAGCUUAGAUACUCUUCGAAAAAAAUAUAAAAAUUUACCAGAUUUUGAUUAUAAUUUAGUUAGAAAUGAAUGGGAAUCAUUCAAACCGAUAUUAUUUGAUUAUAUACAAAAUAUUUCAUAUGAGGUUUCAGAGCAACAAUUUUGGAAAAAUUUUAUUACUUUCAAACUAUCAACAAAUAAUUCUUUUAUUGAUGAAUAUAAAGAUAUUUUAAUUUUACUUAACGUUUAUUUGAUUUAUCCCACGAAUUCAGUGGAAUGCGAACGUGGAUUUUCAGCAAUGAGUCGAAUUCAAUCUAUUGGAAGAUCUCGAUUGUCAAUAUCUACUUUACAGGUUUUAAUGACCGUUCGUUUACUUUUAAAAGAUGAUGUCAGAAGUGUUCGAUGUCAACAAAUUGUCGAAAAGGCCUUUUUAUCAUGGAAUGAUAAAGAUCAUUCUCGUCGUCUACGUCAAGUACAACUGUUAGCAGAUGUACCUGUUGAUUAUCAACCAACUAAACAAGCACGAUCAGUUGCUAAACGAAAUUUAUCAAUAAUGAAUUUGAAAGAAAUCUGUAAAAAAUCUAAAAAAACAAAAUCACGUGCAAUAAAAUGUGCAAAUGGAUGUCACACUAAUAUAGCUCAAGAUGAUCCAGUUCAACAAGAUGCAAUACAAUGUUGCCACCAAGCCGAUCAAUUCAGCUGGAUCGAAUUUGAAGAUGGUUGUUCAAGAUGGUUGUGUAAUGGCUGUCGAAUAAAAUUAAAUAUUACAACAGAUUCAAUUUGGCUUUGUUCAGAUCAUAUCGAUAUGCAUAUUGACAGUGAUGAAAAUGAAAAUGAAAAAUAA